AUGGAAUGGCUAGAGGCUGUUGAUGAUGAGACUAGUGCUAUGAUCCGUAAUCAUACUUGGGAUGAGGCAGAUCUCCCAAAAGGGAAGAAAGCGGUCAGCUCCAAAUGGGUUUUCACGAUUAAGUACCUAAGUAAUGGUGAUGUGGAGCGCUAUAAGGCUCGUCUUGUUGCUCGCGGCUUCACCCAAACCUAUGGCACCGAUUACACGGAUAUGUUUGCUCCGGUCGCCAAGCUCCACACCGUCCGCGUUGUUCUCUUGCUACGAACUUGUCUUGGGAUCUAUGGCAGAUGGACGUCAAGAAUGCAUUUCUUCAGGGGAGCUCGAAGAAGAGGUCUACAUGCAUCCUCCUCCGGGCUUGGAAAAUAUAGUUGCUCCGGACAAAGUUCUUCGGCUCCGCAAGGCUAUCUACGGCUAGAAGCAAUCUCCUCGGGCGUGGUAUCAUAA